AUGCGUGCAUCCUCCGUACGGACGCCGCCGGCACUGCCGGGCUGUCUGCGGGUGCAGUCGACGCCACGAUAUGUCUGCCGGCAAUGCAUCAUCACGACGACGACAUCACCCGUUAUCGGCACCCGGGGCAUCAAGAUCAGCUCUGCGCCGGCCACGGAGUUUCCGCGCCAAACAGGCGGCGACGCAUUCGGAUCGACAGCUGCGGGCAGCGUGCGGGAUGAAUCAGACGCCCGCUUCGAGGUCCUCGGCUCGCCCUAUUCGCUCCUCUCCGUCACCCUCUCAGCCUCACAGAAGCUCUACACGCGGAGGGGCACGCUUGUUUCCGUCGCCGGCAAGCUGGAGAAUGCCCAAUCCACACUCUCGAUCUUGGCUCCCGUCCGCCGGGGUCUCCUUGGUGUCCCCUUUCUGUACCAGCGCAUCACAUCGCCGACUCCCUUGACCCUGCUGAUCGGCACCAAGGCUGCCUCCACCACGCUCUUCACCCUGCACCUCGACGGCACCACCGACUGGGUCGUUGCGCAACGCGACGCCCUGCUCGCCUGGACCGGCCACACACUGACCGUCACGCCUCAGCGCCAGACCUACGGUGGCACCGGCCUCGGCCUCGGCCUGGCCAACUGGGGCAGCUCUUUCCUGACCGGUCGCGGUCUCGUCGCCCUGUCGGCACCCGGAUACAUCUACCCCGUCACGCUGGCCGCCGGUGAGGAGCUGGCUGUACACCCCAGCCACGUCGUGGCCUACGCCGUCAACCGGAACGCCCCUCGGCCCUUCCGGCUGCGUGAGGGCGGCGCUGCUGCCGCCACCAAGUCGGCCACCGCGGCUGUUGCGAAUGCAGCUAGCACCACUGCUGCUGGUGUGGGCGCAGCUACUGCUCGCCUGGCCGGCCGGCUCCACCUGCAGACACCGGCCAUCCCGGCCGUACCCCAGUCUGUGUCCGGCUUCUGGAAGGCAGCGCGGGAGACGGCCACGUACAAGCUGGCCGCACGCGCCCUCUUCACUGCCCGCACUCUUCUGCGGCAGACCAUCUGGGGCGAUCGUCUGUUCGUGCAUGUUCGGGGCCCCACAACGCUGCUGCUGUCGAGCCGCGGCGUGCGCAUAUCCGAUGUGCUGACACGCAACGAUGUCAACGAAAUUGCUGACACCGAGGCCGGUGUCGUGCCCGCUGCCAUUGAGAGGGUGACGCAUCUGGCGGACAAGACAGGAACGGACAGCGAGAAGGCUGCACCGUCCGCCUCGUCCGAGGCCGUGGCUCUCCAUGUGGCUACCGUGCGCCAGGACGGCAAGGUCGAGUUCUCCGACGCCAAGGACCUCAAGGAGUUUGUGAGGUGA